AUGAAAGCGCCUGAAAACCAGCCAGGUUUUAGUCCAUGCUUCCCUUCACCAGAGUUCCAUGUUGAGCAUUUUGGACAUCCAGCUAUGUUUUUUUUUGACCAGUUCCACUUUGGGGUUACCCGAUUUUUGACCACCGGAGCUGACACAAGUGCCGCGGGGUUGGGUCAUGUGUUUCACUUUUUGUUUGGUCCAGGAAGGGCGGUGGCAGACGAGCAAAUUUGUUCACAGUGGCGCCUGCGCAUUGUGGUGGACAAAAGUAUCGCCACUGGACAAGGCGCCACGAGCAGGUGCUCAGACAGUUGA